AAGUCUGCGACUGCGCAUGGGUCUGAUGUAGAGUGAUCAGGGAUCACCCCCCAACAAGUUGCCACUGCAGCUAGCCUCAUCUCGAAUAAGGAACUAUUUCUCUGCUCUGCUCUGCUCUGCCCAUGCUCAAAGCCAUGUGAUCUUCCUCACUUCCCUCCACCCGACGAGAAAAAAAGGGAAGAAGAAAAGGGCAGGCAGCUUCUGGUCUCCAAUCAUUCUUCCUCUUCCACUUUACAGAUUUCUAGCUAGCGCAGCUUCUUCAGGCGAAUUAAAGGCGACCCGUUUUAAUUUCAGGAAGCAGAAGAAAGUCAGCUCUGCCACAGAGUUAAAAGGAAUGGAGGACAAGUCCCCGGCGAAUCGACCCACGACUUCCUCAUUGGUCAUACCUACUUUGCCGCGCGACUCUCGUGGGUCACUGGAGGUCUUCAACCCUACCAGUUUCGCCACUCGGCCCCACCAUGAACCCAAGAAUCCAUCUUCCCCCUUCGCCACCUGGCAACCGCGCUCCGACCCGGUGACUCAGCCCCAACUGCCGCAGCCACCGUCCGCAGAGGUCGACGAUGACGUCAUCCGACCAUGGUUGGCGCUCCCCUCCGGACCGACGGCGGCACCCCCGCAUCAGCACGACUCCGAGACUAUCUCUGUCGCCAAAAAGACUUCCUCCUCCUCAGUCGCCGUCUCCCAGAAUGCCGGAGAGGCAGCACAGCGGGCGGCGGAGUGGGGAUUGGUGCUGAAGACGGACGAGGAGACGGGGAGGCCGCAGGGAGUCACCGUGCGGAAGUCGGGCGACGAAGCCGGGGGCAAGGGCGGCCAGCAUCGGGUUUCUGGCGGUGGUUCGUACCGGAGCUCCGAGGAUUCAGAUGCGUCGGUGCUGGCCUAUGGAGGAGGUAAGGAGAGGGGAGGGAUCCCUAGGGUGUCGGAGGAACUUCGGGAUGCGCUUUCGGCCUUCCAGCAGACCUUCGUGGUGUCCGACGCUACGAAGCCCGACCAUCCCAUUAUGUACGCCAGCGCUGGAUUCUUCAACAUGACCGGUUAUCUAGCCAAAGAAGUCAUUGGCCGAAACUGCCGCUUCUUGCAAGGUUCUGGAACUGAUCCAGCAGAGAUUGAAAAAAUAAGGGAAACACUGUCAGCUGGUACAAAUUAUUGUGGUCGUAUUUUGAAUUACAAGAAGGAUGGUACACCAUUUUGGAAUCUUUUGACUAUUGCUCCCAUCAAAGAUGACGAAGGAAACACCCUCAAGUUCAUUGGGAUGCAAGUGGAAGUUAGCAAGUACACGGAAGGAUCUAAGGAUACAAUGGUACGACCCAAUGGAUUACCAGAGUCUUUGAUUCGUUAUGAUGCUAGGCAAAAAGAUAGAGCACGCAGUUCACUUUCUGAUUUAGUAAUGGCUGUAAAGGACCCAACCAGACUUUCAGAAUCAAGAAAUUACACUCAUAUGAGGAAAUCUGAAGGUGGUGGACAACCUGUGGCAUCUGAAGUUCCUGCAAGGAGAAAAUCAGAAAAUACCACUUCAGUCAGGCGCAAUUCACGUGGUGAAACAAGAUUCUCAAUGCAAAAAAUUUCUGAAUUACCUGACCCUACAAAGAAAUCAAGAAAGUCGGGAUUAAAGUCCUUCAUGGGACUUAUUGGCUUAGGCCAUGGAAACAGUGAAAAACAUGAGCAUGCGGUAGCUAUUAUGGAGGAAGAACUAUUGAUGGAAAGUGAUGAUGAAAGACCAGAGAGUUUUGAUAAUGUAGAAAGAAAAAAGGAGAUGAGACGGGGCAUUGAUCUUGCCACAACCCUAGAACGUAUUGAGAAGAACUUUGUCAUCACUGAUCCAAGGCUUCCUGAUAAUCCUAUUAUAUUUGCAUCAGACAGUUUCCUAGAACUGACAGAAUACUGCCGUGAAGAAAUUUUGGGAAGAAAUUGCAGGUUUCUCCAAGGCCCUGAAACUGAUCCAGCUACUGUGAGGCAAAUAAGAGAUGCUAUUGAUAAUCAAAGAGAUGUAACUGUACAGUUGAUAAAUUACACGAAAACCGGUAAAAAGUUCUGGAAUCUUUUUCACUUACAGCCCAUGCGUGAUCAAAAGGGGGAAGUCCAGUAUUUUAUUGGAGUCCAGUUGGAUGGAAGUGAGCAUGUUGAACCACUUCAGAACUGCAUACCAGAAGAUGCUGCCAAAGAAGGUGAAAAGCUGGUGAAAGAAACUGCAUAUAAUGUUGAUGAAGCUGUUAAAGAACUCCCAGAUGCUAAUUUGAAACCUGAGGAUCUAUGGGCUAAUCACUCAAAGGUGGUUCUCCCAAAGCCCCACAUGGGGAGUAAUUCAUCAUGGAAGGCCAUCCAAAAAGUUCUGGGGAGUGGAGAAAAUAUAGGAUUGAAACAUUUCAGUCCUGUCAAACCUUUGGGCUCAGGGGAUACUGGCAGUGUCCAUUUGGUGGAGUUGGUAGGUACAGGAGAAUACUAUGCUAUGAAGGCUAUGGAUAAAAAUGUCAUGCUCAACCGUAACAAGGUGCAUAGAGCUAGUGCAGAAAGAGAGAUCCUUGAUAUGUUGGAUCAUCCUUUUCUUCCUACAUUAUAUACAUCCUUUCAGACCAAAACACAUAUAUGUUUGAUAACGGAUUACUGCCCUGGUGGAGAGCUUUUCUUACUUCUGGAUAGGCAACCUGAGAAGGUCCUCAAGGAAGAUGCUGUUAGGUUUUAUGCUGCAGAAGUAGUUGUAGCACUUGAAUACCUUCACUGUCAAGGUAUCAUAUACCGGGACCUAAAACCAGAGAAUAUCUUACUUCAGAGAGAUGGCCAUAUUUCUUUGACAGAUUUUGAUUUAUCAUGUUUGACACCUUGCAAGCCCCAGCUUUUCCUGCCAAAAGCUGAGGAUAAGAAGAAACAGACCAGAGGGGCUCCUCCAAUAUUUGUGGCUGAGCCAAUGCGUGCAUCAAAUUCAUUUGUUGGAACAGAAGAGUACAUUGCACCGGAGAUCAUUACUGGAGCUGGCCAUACUAGUGCAGUUGAUUGGUGGGCACUCGGCAUUCUUCUUUAUGAGAUGUUGUAUGGUUAUACGCCAUUUCGAGGAAAAUCUAGGCAGAAGACAUUUGCUAAUGUUCUUCACAAGGACCUAAGAUUUCCUGGAAGUAUCUCGGCAAGCCUUCCUGCAAAACAGUUGAUUUAUCGGUUGCUGCAUAGGGAUCCUAGAAACAGAUUAGGCUCAUGCCAUGGAGCUAAUGAUGUUAAGCAACAUCCCUUUUUCCGUGGCAUCAACUGGGCUCUUGUGCGUUGCAUGAACCCUCCCAAGUUGGUCGUUCCUCUAUUUGAUACUAAAACGGCGGAGGAUGCUAAAAUGGCAGAUCCAGAACUAGAUAAUCUGCAAACUGUCUUUUGAGUGAGGAGAGUGACUGUUUGGUCGUACAUUGUGAUGGCAACCCCCGUCGGCUGGGUAUAUCUCUUGGCAUGCGACAUAUCUAUAAAGCUGCAUGAUUUAUGCAAGGUGGUUCUACUCCAUGCACAUAUCCUACUUUCUUUUCUGAGGUCUGAUUUAGCUGCUACAACUAGGACAAUUAACAGCAAGCUAGGAAUGAUAUCGUUAAAUUCUAGCGGUUGCAUCUUCUUGUCGAACAGUUUCACUUUUCCCCCUUAAUUUAUUGUAUUUUCUUUGUUAAAUAAUUACUCGGAUCUAAUGUUAAACUAAGUUUUUUUCUACGCCCACGCAUUUUGACCA